AUUGUCAAGGAUGCCUGGAACGAUGAACUGAAAUAUGUUCUACAAUUUCAGCAAGAAAAUCUCAGAACUAUUUUGGAACAAUUGAAUCAUAUAAUGAUUCACUUCUAUAAAAAAGAUCUUGAAACUCGUUGA